AGCGCCCAGUGGUUGCCGGGAAACGGCGCAGCCUCCGCAGGGCGGGCGCGCUUGUCUGUGGGUCUUGGCGGGGCGGGUCCGCAGGAGCCAUGGCCCCCAAAAAGAAAGGGAAGAAAGGCAAGGCCAAAGGCACCCCAAUUGUCGAUGGGCUCGCUCCAGAGGACAUGAGCAAGGAGCAGGUGGAGGAGCAUGUCGGCCGUAUCCGGGAGGAGCUGGACCGUGAGCGGGAGGAGCGCAACUACUUCCAGCUGGAGCGGGACAAGAUCCACACCUUCUGGGAGAUCACACGGAGACAGCUGGAGGAGAAGAAGGCUGAGCUGCGGAACAAAGACCGGGAGAUGGAGGAGGCCGAGGAGAGGCACCAGGUGGAGAUCAAGGUGUACAAGCAGAAGGUGAAGCACCUGCUGUAUGAGCACCAGAAUAACCUGACGGAAAUGAAGGCUGAGGGCACCGUGGCCAUGAAGCUGGUGCAGAAGGAGCACUGUACACAGGAGAGCAUGCUACGCCAGGACAUGCGGGCACUGAAAGUGGAGCUCAAGGAGCAGGAACUGGCCAGUGAGGUGGUGGUGAAGAACCUUCGGCUGAAACACACCGAGGAGAUCACCAAGAUGCGGAAUGACUUCGAGAGGCAAGUUCGAGAAAUUGAGGCCAAGUAUGAUAAGAAGAUGAAGAUGCUGAGGGACGAGCUCGACCUGCAGAGAAAGACUGAGCUCCAUGAAGUAGAAGAGAGAAAGAACGGCCAGAUCAACACGCUGAUGCAGCGUCAUGAGGAGGCCUUCACCGACAUCAAGAACUACUACAAUGAUAUCACCCUCAACAACCUGGCCCUCAUCAACUCCCUCAAGGAGCAGAUGGAGGACAUGCGGAAGAAGGAAGAUCACCUGGAGAAGGAGAUGGCAGAAGUGUCCAUGCAGAACAAGCGCCUGGCAGAACCUCUCCAGAAGGCUCGGGACCAGAUGAAUGAGAUGCAGAGGCAACUCGGGAACUAUGAACGAGACAAGCACAUCCUAGUUUGCACAAAAGCACGUUUGAAAGUCUCUGAGAAAGAGCUCAGAGACCUGCGGUGGGAGCAUGAAGUGCUGGAGCAGCAGUUCAUCAAGGUGCAGCAGGAGCGGGAUGAGCUCUACCAGAAGUUCACUGCGGCCAUCCAAGAGGUGCAGCAGAAGACGGGCUUCAAGAACCUGGUGCUGGAGCGCAAGCUACAGGCACUGAGCAACGCCGUGGAGAAGAAGGAAGUGCAGUUCAACGAGGUGCUGGCAGCCUCAAACCUGGACCCCGCAGCCCUGACACUGGUGUCCCGCAAGCUCGAGGAUGUCCUGGAAUCAAAGAACAAUACCAUUAAGGACCUGCAGUAUGAGCUGGCCCGGGUCUGCAAGGCCCACAACGACCUGCUGCGCACGUAUGAGGCAAAGCUGCUGGCCUUCGGGAUCCCUCUGGACAAUGUGGGCUUCAAGCCCCUGGAGACCGCUGUGAUUGGGCAGAUACUGGGCCAGGGCCCCGCAGGACUCGUGGGCACCCCAACAUAGCCACCCUGCUGUGGGCCAUGGGCCACACCAGCCUGGGACCACUCACUGGAUGACACCCCCUUUCACACACAGCAAGUUCUUUUUUUUAUGUUUUAUCAUCAACAAAUGAAGGCUUUCCCCCAUGUCCUUGCUAUCUCUUGCCUGGCUCCGGAGAACCACCUGCAGGGCCUUCACUGCAAUGUCCCCAUCUGUGACCUUCCCUGGGUGCAUAUCCAGCCUGUGCCUUCACCUGCUCCCCCCAAGUCCUGCCUCCCACUAUGGGACAGCACCUUCCCUGAGGGCCGCUCGCUGCCCUGGGGCCGGGGCAUGCCAGUGGUGCUCUGCCUGCCUCUCACUCUCUUCCCAGUGAAUGGA